UGUGAAAAUUUUGUUUAUGCCUUUCUAGCUGUUUGCUUGUUACCAAGGACCAAGAUACCAUAGGGAGCAGGGAGCCUUGCCCCCGUAAAAACCUAAAGUAGCAUAAGUAAAAAAUUUUUAUUUUGUAAAAUAUGACUGUUUAUCAGUGCUGCCCCCCAUUAAACAAAAAAUUGUAUCUCGGCUUUUGCUUGUUAAAAAACAAUAAUACCAUUGAUAUAUUAUAUUAGAUAACUUGACAAAGCAAUCAUGCUAUACAAACCUUUAAUAAUACAGAAGCGUAGAUUUACAAGGAAUAGACAAACGAAAACCAAGACCCAUGCCACGAAUUUGAAAGGGGGGGGGGCAAGUCUAGCAAAAGCAGGGGACCGAGUAUUCUUUCCACUUAACUCUAACUUUAAAUUACUUGCUUUGAAAAAGUGGGGGCCAUGGCCACCCCGGCUCCCCCAAUGACGUGGGCUCUGAAAAUGGAUUGGACCACAACGUUGAUCUGGCGCAAUGCAGGUGUUGUACAAACCAUCUUUUGCACGAAGACGGUUGCUUUGCAAGAAUUUAUCUGUAACAUGAAAAAUGGUGACUUUGGAGAUAAUGAUGUCAUUAAGGCAAAAACAUCACCCAUUGGCUGGCAGUUUUCUAGCUUACCAUUUAAAGAAUAUAGACCAUUGGCAGACACGUCAAGAGGGGGGUGGGAGGGGGAAAAGGUCUGGGGCCUGUGCUCCUAUGGGACCCGUAUUAUUGUAAUAAGAUCUGUUUAUAAUGCAGAAAAGCUACUAUUUCCGCAACUUAUAUGAAAUCAAUGCCUGUAACUUUAUCACAGAGAGAACAUGUCCUUCAUUCAUGUUAAAUGUUUUUGCACAUUUUUGUAAAAAUCAUUGAGAAAACUUUUUAAACAAUUGUACCAGAGAAUUUCUGUGAUUGUACUAAAAGGGUGUUUCCUCAGUUUCCUUGGAGACAAAGGGCAUGACCAUAGGACAUUUUCUUAAGGGGUCCAGCUUUGUGAAUCACUCCUGAACCCGAGGUGGCUCUCAACAGCCCAAGCCACAGUAAGAUCAGUUUUUGUUGAAGCCGACAGUGCUUUUUUGUGUUCCUUGAAACCAUAACGCAAGGGGGGAUCUGGGGCUUGAGCUCUUCCUGACACGAAUUUGGGGGCUGAACCCCCCUGGGAAAUAGGGAAGUUGGCUAUCAAUUUGUUGGACUAAUUUUUAAUAUUCCUGGUUUCACACAUAAAAAUCAUUACACAAGAUUUCAUCAAGAUCAAAUUAUAACUAUAAUAAAAUAUAUAAAAGAAAUCACCUUAGACUGGCAAGGUGCCACUAAAUCCCCCCUCCCCCUUUCUAUUUUUUUUAAAACAGAGUAUGAUCUUUUAUUUUUGAAAAAGAGAACAAACUGUUUAUAUACUGAUUGUUUUUAACUGUUAACAAAUUUUACCUAUCUUUCUAUUAUUUGUCGAUUAUUUUGAUUAAUUCAGUAAAUCACAAAGUCUAAAGUUUUGUAUCACUGCAUUUAUUAUCACUGCAUUUAUUAUUGGUCUUCCCACCAUAUGAUGGCAUUUUCCUUUCCCAAAGCCUGUCAGUAGAGUUUUAUUAUGGCUCAAAUUGUCUUACCUGUGCUGAGCGGUAUAGUAUUUUGUUAAAUUUUAGCCUGGGAUAUACCUUUUUAGCCAUUAAAGAAGGUAUCAUUUCAAAAAUUUUCUUGUCACUAAACUUUAAAAUGUCCCCUAAUGUCACUAACUAUAAGCAAGUGCUUCAAAAUAGCGCCUUCUUUCUGCUUUUGCUUGAGUUGUUAAUUCUUCUUUUAAAUGGAAUUCAUUAUUUUAUGAGGUCUCUAGAUCUCAAGACCCUAGAGCAAUUUGGCACCGCAACUAUGUAUUUUGGUUGCCAUGGGUAUGCUCAAGCUAUAAAAAUUUUUUUUCAUAGUCCAAAAUGUUGUGAAAAACGCGAAAAAUGUUUUUCUUGAAUCAUCUUUGAAUACUAUUUUUAGCACUGUCUGUACAAUUGUUCUGUUUAUCACUGUCUGUACAAUUGUUCUGUUUAUCACUGCACAAACACUGAACAAAUUGGUAAUCGUUAUAGAAGGUUGAAAUAUUUAUUACAUCACAACGAAGGGGUCUAAAUUAGAGAAGAAAAUACUUCUUUAAUUCGCCACAGCAAACUAGAUGAGCCACAGCAAACUACAGGCAAGGUGAGUCUUUCAAUCAACACCUUUCGUCAUUGCUUGCAGCCUCCGUCAUCGGUUACAAAGAUGUAUGACGUCAUGUACGUUAGCUGACUAUGAUAUAGUGCCGACCAUUGGGUACGUUGGUAUAUUAACAAUGUUCUAGCAUAUUGCUAUUGCCACUACAUGAAUUGUUUCAGGUAACGUUAUUCUCCAUUGAACUGCACCAGAUUGUAUUCAGUUUGAUUCUGAGCCCUAAUAUUCUUUAAAAAAACUCUAAAAAAAGAAUGUUCUGGGUUUGAUGAUGACGCUUACCUUUUAGAGUGAAGCAAUGUAAAAACGUAAGUAUUAUUUGGCAGCUGCUAAAAAUGACAGGACAAAGGAAAAAACUCAGCGGGAACGAAAUGGAGAAAGCAGAGAAUGUUCGAAAAGAGAGUCUGCCAAAUGAACAAAAUUCAAUCACCAUCAAUGAAGCAAUUUCUCUGCUUGGCAUCGGGAAAGCCCAAUACCUUUUACUGCUGUUAACAGCUGGAGGGUAUUUUGCAUUUUGUACUGAACUGCUCGUCUUUGUAUUCCUUCAAGAUGCAAUUGCCAAGGAAUGGAAAAUCUCUGAUGAGACAUUUGCACUGCUUCCGCUCUCGACGUCCAUUACCUCUGUUGUCGGUGGUUUUGUAUUUGCAUUCUUCAGUGACAGGAAAGGACGAAGACUUCCUUAUGCUAUAUCCUUAGGGAUUGCUUGCUUCUUUGCAGUGGCCUCUGCCUUUGCUCCAAACUUCUGGUCGUUUGUCCUUCUAAGGUCUCUUGGAUCUUUUGGCGGUGCUGGCAUGUUUUCAAUUAUUUUUGUAUAUCUUUUGGAAUUUCUCCCAACAAAAGGCCGUGGAAAGUUCAUGGUAAUUGCCAAUAUUGGAGGUUCAUUGGGUGUCGCUUACACGGCAGGACUAGCAUGGAUUCUUAUACCCAGACAGUCCCUUUUCCUUUUCCUGAUUUUGUGUGCUGUUCCCCUCCUCAUAUUAUUUCUAAUCAGAUUUGGCAUCAACGUGGAAUCACCAAGGUUUUUAUUGUCAGUUGGUGAAAAAGAGCAAGCUAUUAGGGUGCUGGAGUGGGUAUCAAUUCAAAACAAAGCAGUGGGAAAACUAGACGGAUUCAGAAUUGCAUGUGUAGAUGAAGUAUCAGGUUUGAAAAAAGAAACCUCACGCUGCAAUUUUGGUAUCUUUUCAAGGGAGGUUAUUGUACAGACAUUUCAGCUGUCGUUUAUAUGGUUAUGGCAAAGCUAUGGGUACUGGGGCGUGACAUCUUUUUACCCAAAGUAUUUGUCACAAUACGGGGUGCCUUCGUUUUUUAUUAUGUUUAUGAACAUCUGUGCACAGCUACCUGGCUCCUUCAUGGCUAUACUACUAAUAGAUAAUCAGAAGUUUGGACGAUUACACACGAUGCAAUGCUUUUCUUUUUGCUCAGUCGUAGUCCUAUUUUUAGCUGUAUUUCUCAGGGAUCAAAUAUCAAUCUCAGUGUUGUCAGUAGCCACAUACUUUUUCAUAGCACCAAUUUAUGCAGUGUUACAAACAUACAUACCAGAGUGUUACCCAACUUCGAUGCGUAGUACGAUUAUGUCCUUAUUGAACCUUAUAUCUACGAUUCCUGGAACGACUGCAGCUUUCAUUGGAGCUGAGCUUCUUUCAUUGCACAAACAUUGGUUGUAUCCCUGUGUCUGGGGAACCGUUUUCGCGUUGCAGUUUCUGCUGUCACUUACAUUGAGAAAGGAGACUGCGCAACUCUCAUUAGAAAACGAGCCUAAUAUCAAUGAUGAUUAUGUUGGUAUUAGAAGCAGCCUCACUAGUGUCAACAAUACAAAUAGUGAAACAUGCUACGAAGAGCGUUUAAAUAUCCAAAACAACUGUCCAGAUGUUGUUAUAAAAGAACAUUGA